UCUAUAUAUUCCACACAGAGCACAACACAACACUUCUGUCACUCUACUCUUCACUCAUCUCUCCGUCGUCGCCGAUGGCCGCCGAAAUUCCCGGCGAAACUUUCGAAUCCCCUCUCUUAGCCUCCCACUCACCCUCCCUCCUCCACCAGAUCUCCGAGCACGGCGGCUACGCUUACGUCAGCAUGUACACGCUCGGCGCCGGCGGCGAUCACCGGGCGGCGGAGGCGGCGCGUGAGAUGGCGUGGGAGCAGCUGCACUCGGGGCCGUGGAACUCGGUGCUGCCGGUGUGGAGAGACGCCUACUCGAUGGCGUGUUUGUUGGUGGCAAAGCAUUGCUGUGCCGUAGGGGAGUAUAAGGAGGCGCUUAGGGUUUUGGAUUUGGGGGUUAUCAUGGGAGGCCUUACGUUGCGGAAGGAUUUGGAUGAUGCGAUUGCGAUUACGAAAGCGAAAGAGAGUGGAGCUUGUAGCAUUUCCGAGGGGAAUGAGGGCAAGAGAGUGCUUGUGGAUGCUGAAUUUAAUCUCAAGGAGAUGCUUCAGCUUUUACCCAAGCAAUCCUUGUCUUGCAAACUCGUCGGAAAAAGGCCAGCUUUGUCCUUGGAGGCAUUUUUGCGUGACUAUUUCCUGUCCGCCUCUCCAGUUAUUUUGAGUGAUUGCAUGGUGCAUUGGCCAGCAAGAGUCAAAUGGAAUGACAUUAAUUACCUUAAAAAGGUUGCUGGCUCUCGCACAGUUCCCGUUGAGGUUGGAAAAAACUACUUAUGCACAGAAUGGAAGCAAGAACUAAUCACAUUUUCUGAGUUUCUCGAGAGGAUUCAGACCAAUGACAGUACUUCUUCUGUCCCUACUUAUUUAGCUCAGCAUCCAUUGUUUGAUCAGAUACCUGAGCUACGGAAGGACAUUGUUGUCCCAGACUACUGUUAUACUGGUGGAGGGGAGCUUAGGCCGAUUAAUGCUUGGUUUGGUCCUGCUGGGACGGUGACACCAUUGCACCAUGAUCCACACCAUAAUAUACUGGCUCAGAUUGUUGGGAAGAAAUAUGUAAGACUCUAUCCUGCUUCGUUGUCAGAGGAACUCUGCCCACAUUCUGAAUCAAUGCUAUGCAAUUCCAGCCAGGUUGAUUUGGACAACAUAGACGAGAAGCAGUUUCCAAAUAUCCAGAACCUGGAAUUUAUGGACUGCAUCUUGGAAGAAGGCGAAAUGCUAUAUAUCCCCCCAAAAUGGUGGCACUAUGUUAGAUCUCUCACCACAAGUUUUUCAGUGAGCUUUUGGUGGAGCGAAUUGGAGAAUUCAACACCCUGAUUUCUGCAAUGUCUUGCCACAAUAUUACGCCAAGAUUUUGGCCCAACGAUUGGAAGUUCCUGACUGGUUGCUGUAUCUUUAUUCUCCAUCUCCUUCCCCUUAUAUAUCUCCAUGUGAGCGUUUCUUAGAACAAUUAUAGCUGGGUAAUUCUAUAGGGAUUCCCUCCCAACAUUUUAGGCAAAUGUAACAAUGUACUUCUUUUAAUAUACCCAGAUUUUAAUUUAAUCUUAAUAUAUUAGCCUUUCUCUUUCUA